UAUGUCACAGUACAUGUGAAUCCCUCAGAUUUGAUCCGUAGAGUCUUCGGUAAAUUAGUCUAUGUCAAGAUUUUUCAUGCUGUAAUCUGUCGCGCCAUUUUACCCAUCUUUCCAAAUGUCAACUACAGCGAAGUCUUCGCUACAUUUGCAUUAAUUGCUGAUAGAUCUUGUGUCCAUAGAACAAAACACGUCUGGUUUUGUCGGUCGAUUGUUCAGUCGAUUGUUCAUUUCUUCACCGUGAACGACAGCAAAGCAAAAGCAGAUCGGAGUUGUGAAGGCACCGGAAUGUCCGGGAGGCUAAUCUUCUGGCUCACUUUGGGCGGAUUUUCGGUUUCAUUUCUUAGUGCAGACUUCUUGGACAGACUAAAUGUUACUCGAGUGAAAUCUGCGGCGUACGAUGAGUUGUUUGCGGACGGAGUUCGAGCGUACAGCUCUGAGAAAUGGAGCGAAACUGUUGAACUGUUGGAGAAAGCAAUUGCUGACUACAAUCACGAAAGAGAAGUUAAACUUCAUUGUAGAUUGCAUUGUCGAGACAGAUACAAAGCUUCCUCAGUGUAUAAUGUCAUCAGCGACUUAGAGCUGGAUUAUUAUCGUUACACUAUUUAUUCUCACAAGUGCACUCAGCAGUGCAGAGAAAAAUAUCUGGGAAAAAGAACAAAAGUUUCAGCCGCGGUUCGGAGUGACUUCGAGAUAAGAGUUCCUUAUGGCUACCUACAGUUUGCCUACUAUAAGGUAGGUAGAACCACAGAUGCUGCUAGAGCUGCUUAUACAUGCACGGAAGCCCAACCACAGGAUCAAACCAUGGCGGACAAUGUCAAGGUCUACAGGAAAAUGUCGGGGGUUGCAGAAGCUGGGAUUUACUCUUUGGAGCCAACUCUUCACCAAGAGAGUUACUUUAAUGCAGCCAGAUUAUAUGAAGAGGAAUUGUGGGGUGAAGCAAUUCUGGGAUUUGAGGAGGCCUUGAAAGAGUAUUACACUGCUUAUGAAAAUUGCAAGCUUAUGUGUGAGGAAGAACGUGAAAAGAACAAGAUUUUGAGCAGGUCUGGCUUGUUUGGUGUUCAUGUUGAUGUGCUGGAAUGUCGCACACAAUGCCCUGAUAAACUGCGGAGAGUCAAGGGGAUUUAUGUGAGGAAUUAUCUUGCAAGACAUUAUAACUAUCUUCAGAUGGCUUACUUUAAAGAGGGAAGGCUAUGGGAAGCUGCUGGAUGUGCUACAACCUAUCUGUUGUUAGAUCCUGACGACGAUACAAUGAUUGACAACUUGAGGUACUUUAAACAGGAGCUGGGGCAUCAAAGUGUGAAGAUAACAGCUAGAAAGGCAGCAAUUCAGUAUUUCAAGGAAACUACAAUAGAAAGGAAGUUGUUGCAGAUGGCCAAUGUUUACAUGGAAGAGGCAGAUUUUGAUGAUAGUGACACAUGGUUUCAUGAUGGGAAGGGCGAUGAGCCAAUUGAACAGCAAGUUAAUGUUGAGGACCUGGUGGAAGGUGAAGAGGACUACACCAUUGAGAAGCUCUGGGGUUUAGGACCUCUCAAGAAAGAGCCACUGGUGGAAAACCCACAAGAUGUUGUUAACCUUGAUCAAUACAAGAAGACUGCAAAACUUGGAGAUGGAUAUGAUGACAGAAACUCCAGGGAAAAGCCAUUUUCUUUUACUGAGAAAGAAACAUUUUCUGGCGUCAACAUCCUGACUGCUUCAGAGGCGGCUCUAAACAAGAAAGUACCAAUAGAAGAAGCGGAACUUUACUUCAACUUGAGUGAUAAAGUCAGACAGUUUACUGAAGAUUACUUUCAACUGGACACACCGCUGUACUUCUCUUAUUCUCACUUAGUGUGUAGAACCUCGCUCCUUGAUCCCAAUGGACCUGACCCAGGUUUCCACUUGAGCCACCCAAUUCACUCGGACAACUGUAUACUGAACAUUGAUGGACUGGGCACUUGCCCAAAGAGGUCACCAGCUUACACGUGGAGAGACUUCAGUGCUCUGCUAUAUCUGAAUGGUGAUUUCAAAGGAGGAGAAUUCCUGUUUGCUAACCCUGAUGACUCAAUUCAGGCUAAAGUGAAACCAGAAUGCGGACGAGCCGUGGCUUUCUCAGCUGGACUGGAGAAUCUUCACGGUGUUGCUGGCGUAUUGGGGGGACGCAGAUGUGCUCUGGCGUUAUGGUUCACUUUAAGACAAAAACACGACGAGCAACAACGAAAGGUUGCCUGGAAAACUCUGCAAAAGGCCAAGGAACUCAAGCGGUUGGAGAAAUCACCACUUUUUACACCAGAAGUCGCUUCUCACGUUGAACUUUAGCAAAGGCUUUCUUUCUUUACUCGGUGGAACAAGUUCGGUUUUUGGCAAAUCUUCGUUGAACCGCUCGAGCGUGUCCGAAUCUUUUUAUCCAAUCAAAAUAUAGGGCGAGUACUCACGAGUAUUCCGAUGUUGUUGCUGAGCAAUAGAUGUUACGAAAACGAGUCGGAGUUUCGCUGUCAACUGUUAGUUGUUCCCCCGACGGUCUUUUUAAUUGUACUUCAGAUGUUUAAAAAUCCUUGCUGGAAGGAACUUUGUUAUUAUAUUUUAGGAAGUUAAUGUAAUGCUAUGGUCAUUGUCGACUUGGUCGUGUUGCAACAGUUUUCAUAGUGGUUAUAGUGGGCAUAGGAUGAAGAGGAAGUAAAAAGCGGGAAAUGAGCAAAUG